CGGCUCGCAUUCAAGCAACGAUAGGAGCAAGUGCAAAAGCAAAGCAAGAGAUGGAGGCUGCUGGGCAUCGCUCUCGCGUCGUGGCUGAAGUCGACCCCCGCAGCGAAUGGGUUCAUGGGGACGAGUUCCACACGCUCAUCGUCGACGUCUCAGGAUUUACCAGGGACCAGCUCAAGGUCCAGGUGGAGUCGUCGGGGAGCCUCAAGAUCGGCGGCGAGCGCGCCCUCAACGGAGGCCGGCAGUGGUGCCACUUCCUGAAGCGGUUCGACCUCCCCGGCGUCUUGGACGCCGCGGCGAUCAAGGUCCAGCUCGACAAGGGAGUCCUCUACGUCCAGGUGCCCCGUUCCACCGACGACAGCCAAGAGGACGCGCUGCGAGAAGAGGAGGACGCCGGCCUGUCCUGGAGCGGCGGCCACACGGCGGCGUGGCGGGCCGAUGAGCACCCGGCGUGGCGUCUGGCCAAGAGCCUGGGCGAGCACCGAUACGUCGUCCUGAACGUCGUGCUCGCCGUCGUGCUCCUCUGGCUCGUCGCGUUCGCCAACAGCAAGCAGAGCGGUGGGCAGAUCAAGAACGAAUGAGGCAAGCGACACACAUGCACGCACAGCGGGACAGUCGUACAGCACAACAUAUCGAUGUAAUCAUUUAGUACGUCACAGGAUCCGCUUCCAUAUACUCCGCUGAUAAAGAACGCUGCUAUACACACGAUGCCACGCAGACGAUUUGUGGACGAUGCUAAAUUCAAGCCAUGUGAUGCACAGCAGCAGCACUGUUCUACGGUUGGACUUGACUGUCGGCUACACAUCGUGUGUGCAGUUUCGUCUGCACAGCAAUUUCGCUGAUAAAAGGGAAUAAGAACCAUGUAAAUAGGCAGGAUUUGGAACGCGGGAUUGUUCAAAUCCAGGUCUCAAGAUAUCAACCACUAUCGGAUAUAAAGACAUAUAUACUACUACUACA